AUGUCGAAAAACGAAAAUAUUCUAGAGGUUAAUGACCUCGCGACAUCAAAUGCCGGAGAGGUUAUCGUGCCAUCGCGCUUGGCGGAUGCUACUUUACAUUUCAUGGAGCAGCAUGACAGCGAAACUCCGCGAAUUGAAGAAAAUGAAGAAAAACGGCUGAAGAGGAAACUGUUUUUCUUCAUUUACUGUUUAGUUUUCGCAAUAAACCUACUCCUUUACAUGGACAAGGCCAUCCUUUCUUAUGAUGCUAUCUUAGGAUUUUUUGAGGACACGGGACUCACUCAAAACACGUACAACACAGUGAAUACUUUAUUUUACGUGGGUUAUGCAGUGGGCCAGUUUCCGGGCCAAUUCUUGGCUCAAAGAUUACCACUUCGUUCACUUCUCACAAUUUUAUUGGCGACCUGGACUUGUAUUGUUUUUCUGCAUUGUACCGCCUACAAUUUUUCAGGCGUUGCCGCGUUGAGAUUUUUUUUGGGACUAACAGAAAGCAUUGUGAUGCCCAUUUUGAUAAACACAAUGUCCAUGUUUUUCGACUCAACGGAACGGGCAGCUGCGCAACCUUUUUUUUUCGUUACAUGUAUGGGAGCUCCUAUUCCCACCGGUUUCAUAGCAUAUGGGGUUCUUCACAUAAAGAACGCGAACAUCGAACUUUGGAGAAUAUUCACAAUCAUAAUUGGAGGACUCACAUUUAUAAUGACGAUUGUCGUGGCGUUAAUGUUUCCAAAUAAUCCUACAAGUGCGAAAUUUUUCUCCGUGAAGGAGAGAGUUUGGGUUAUUAGAAGAGUUCAAUCGACAACUGGGUCAUCAAUUGAGCAAAAAGUCUUCAAAACGCAUCAAUUUAAAGAGGCGAUACAUGAUUACAUUACGUGGCUUUUUUUCUUGUUUUUUGUUCUGCAACAGUUGGCGAACAACUUACCUUACCAACAAAACCUGUUAUUCGAGGGUAUGGGAGGCGUUGAUGCUCUUGGCUCAACUUUAGUGUCUGUCGCGGGAGCUGGUUUUUCGGCUGUUGCGGCGUUGAUUGCUUCUUUGUCAAUGCUUAAGUGGGCAAACAUUUCAACCUUUACAGCUCUUUUCUGGAACCUUCCACCCUUGAUCGGGUCUAUCUCAGCAGUUUCCCUGCCCUGGCACAACAAAAUAGGCAUAUUGGCCAAUAUAUGCAUGGCCGGCCAAGUUUUCGGUAUACCAUUCAUUAUUGCUCUCAGCUGGUCGAGUUCCAGCACAUCGGGCUAUACCAAAAGAUUCACCAGGAGCUCCAUAAGUUUACUGGGGUAUGCAAUUGGUAACAUCAUCUCACCACAAAUUUGGAGAGAAAAAGAUGCUCCUCGUUUCUUCCCUGCUUGGAUCGUUCAAAUUAUUUUGUCGUUUGGUUUGGCCCCCUGUAUACUGAUCUUUAUCUGGUGGAAACUAAGAGGAAGGAAUCAACAAAGAUUGCUAUCCAUGGAUCAAACGCUCAAGAGAUUAUCUGAAAAGUACGAACUCUCAAAUGAUCGAACAGAUGAAUUCAAGAACGGAAGCAACGCCAAUGUGGUUUCGAAUCUAGCUGUAUUAGAUCUGACAGAUCUCGAAAAUGAAAGUUUUCUAUAUCCAUUGUGA